ACAUGUGUAUGUGAGCAAAGGGAUUAAGAAGCCUCACUUCCGACAACUCAUCUUCCAGGUAGCUGCGGCGUAAAGGCAUGGGCAAAUUCGUCCUCACUCAAGAUGAAGUUAUAACGCUUGUUCGACAGAUGGAGAGCGAUGCACCAACGUCUAUAAUUCACUGAAGAUGUAACUGCAGCUGUGUACGGGAGCUUCAACCGUUUCAAAGCAAAUGCGAAGGGAGAGUUUGGGAGCUUGCGCAGCUUUAGUUUUAACCGGCUUUUUGGUGUGUGUCAGUCGGAACAUUGGAGACGAGUUAUGAAGGGGUAUGGUCGAUCUUGAAAAAUCUUCCUAUAACACCUUCUGCUGCACCUUUGGGACCUUCCUGGGUUAAAUGGUGCUGAUCAUUGAGGAGGGUCCUGGAGGAGGUCCACCUUUAUUGAAAGUUCAGCUUAAUGGAACUGCUGAUUAUGGUGGCGGUGCGCUACAGGAGAAGGUGUCACCUUCUCAAACGGAGUCGGACGAGACGGACCAUUCAGAUGAGGGGGGCAAUGAUGACUACUACGACGACGACGACGACGUGUACCAGGAAUUUGAGGAGCUCGAUCUUUCGGAUUUACAGGACACGGGAAGUAUUUUGUCCGAUGAUUCCUUUUACCCUCGCGACGAGUCUCUGUCUGGAAGAUCUCCUAGCCCCGAAAGUCCCGAACCACUGACAUUUUUCAAGGCAUGCAGCAACAACAACGCAAUCAUUGUCAAAAUGAUGAUACGACAAGGUGUAACUGAAGAAGAAGUACAAGAAGUAGAUAAAAACAACAGAACAGGACUGAUUAUUGCCUGUUACAGUGGCUAUGUGGAUGUGGUCAUCGCCCUCUCCCAGUGUCCCUAUAUAGAUGUCAACUGGCAGGACAGUGAAGGAAAUACAGCCCUCAUCAACGCUGCACAGGCUGGCCAUCAAAUGAUUUCCCAGUUCCUACUCAACUACUUCCCAGGGCUGGACAUCGAGCGCAGGAACUGCCAUGGCUUCACGGCCAUGAUGAAGGCUGCCGUGCAGGGCAGGUCUGAGUGUGUGCGAGCCCUCAUGCUGUCAGGUGCUGACAUUGAGGCCCGUGACUAUGGCCGCAAGCUGACCGCGCGGGAGUGGGCCCUCCUCACAUGCCGCCACGAGACGGUGCGCACGAUGGAGCGCCUGAUGGAACAGCCUAGUGCCGAGCAGUUCUCCGAAUCCUACCGUCUGGAGUGGCCGCAGCUGGAGGAGACGGGGGACCACGCCCCGGAGCCCAAGUCCUGCUGGCAGCGUCUCGCCGACUGCACGCGCUGCUGCUCCUUCGGCGCCGGCAACAAGGUGGACGCGCAGGACGACGGUCCGUUGGACUACAUGGUGCGCUUCACCACCGCCCUCAAGGGCCCCUUCCUGGCCAUCGGCUGCCGCACCGUGUGCCCCGGAAGCCCGCCCUGCGUGGGCAAGCGGCGGCCCGCCGUGCAGGACAUCCUGCGGCAGCAGCGCGCUAAGGAGCUGCGCAGCCUGGCCUCGGCGCCCGAGAGGCUGGCCACCUACAAGCGCCUCUUCCAGAACUCGCGCGUGCAGCUCGUGCCCAAGAAGAGGGAGCGGCGCGCCAGCCUGCAGCCGCAGAUGCUGCAGGACAUGGCGGCGGCGUCCACGCUGGCGCUGCGCCGCACCAGCCUGCUGCCGCUGCACAUGAUGCGGCGCAGCAGCGUGCGCCCGGGCGUGGUGGUGCCCAAGGUGAUGCUGUGCAAGGCGCCGGCGCCCACCUACAAGCCCGAGAAGAGGAGGAAGAGCCGCGACCCCAGCCAGCUAGAGAUCCCCAAGUGGAAGUACAAGCAAGCGAAGAUUGAGAAGAAACAGGCGAAGGACAAAAUCAGGUUUCCUGCCCCUAGAAAAUAAUAUUGAAGGGUCUCCAUGUUUUUUUAUUAUUAUUAUUAUUAUUGUACGUGACAAGCCUGUGAGCCACAAAAAUUGAAACUUCUCUACUUUGCUUAUGAGGAAGAGCUUGGAUGUUUUGACAAGACUUUUUUUGUGGUUUUGAACAUUUAUGAAUUUAUUUUUGUCAUGUUGUAUUAUUAUCACUAUUAUUGUAUUAAUGCCUCACAUUCUAACUGCGAGGGAAUCGUACUUGAAAAUUUGAUACUGAAUGCUUUUUUUUUAUAACUGUAAUAAUUUGUUUGUAUUAAUGUUUUGUUAUUAAUGGACACUGAUGAGUCAUCCACCACCAUAAACCUUCAGCACUAAUGAGACUUUUAGGGAAGUCUGAGCUGUUGUGAACUCAAGUAUUCAAUAUCAAAAUGACAGAGUGAUAUCACAGUGUGAUAACUAGAGGUCAAUAAAGGCAGAACAUGCUCAAAGUG